CUGCAACCAUUCCAAAGUCAAGCAAAUCUUCAAUAUGGGCUAGCUCAUUGCCCUGAUGAUGCCGCUUCCAUUAUCAGCGAUUGCGGCGACAGCGUCCCAUGUUUGUACAAUUACGCUUUGUUACAAUCGAAGGUAUUAGCCUUCGAAGAACAAGACACUUGGAAUAGUUUCAUUACGGAAAGGGUGGAUGCUGUGCGGCAAUAUAACAGCUGCGGAGCGAUCAAUAUCGAGUAUCCGGAGUACAUGAUGAAGACUCCAGCACUUGCAUCAGGAUAUCUACAGGGAGACGUAGCCCGAUUUGAUUGUUAUCAAUCUCAUUGGAUUAAAGGAGAUCAUGAAUAUAAAUGUGGGAUUGUUGUGGAUUACAACAAUCCAAAUUCCUAUCGUUUUGAAUGGAAUAAAGGCUCACAACCAUGGUGCCGUUCUCGAGUAAAAGAAAAUUAUUUCAAAUGGAUUACUGUGAUAUUUAGUACUGUAGCUAUAAUCCUUGCUCUUAUGGUGGUGUUCCUUUUUUGUUGGUGUGUGAAACAGCGUAAAAUUCAAGAGCAACGGCAGUAUAACUAUCGAGAUACCGCGGAACAAAAUGGUUUGUACAAAUUUUUUUUGUUUAUAGGCUUAUACGAACAAAGGACGAGUGCCAUCGGUGGGUUCCCUGGAUGA